AUGGCUGAGAAUGGGAAUAGGGAAGUAGCAGCAGCUACGGCUGUCGAUGAAAGUGGUAGGCCGGAAAUGGUGAAUCCUAUGGAGGGCGAUGACGAGGAAGAAUUGGACGUGUUCAGAAAUGUGGGGCAAGGUUUAGUGGGACACUACAGGGAGAUAAUGAUUCAGUAUUGGCAGGAACUUAUCAAUGAGAUUGAAUCGACAAAUGAGCCCGACUCGCACCACCAGGAUGACUUCAAAUCUCAUUCGCUGCCCUUGGCAAGAAUAAAGAAAGUGAUGAAGACAGAUGAGGAUGUUAGAAUGAUCAGUGCAGAAGCGCCGAUCCUCUUUGCAAAGGCCUGUGAGAUAUUCAUAACGGAAUUGACCAUGAGAGCGUGGUGUGUCGCAGAGGAGAACAAGAGGCGGACCUUGCAAAAGGCAGAUAUAGGAGAAGCUUUACAGAAGAGUGAUAUGUUUGAUUUCCUCAUAGAUAUAGUCCCCAGGCACCUGCAGCAGUAA